ACAUAACUUCUGUCAAGAUGCUACAUAACUUUUAGCAGAAAUCCAAUCGAAUUGAAUUAUUUACCGGAUGAGGCGAAUUGGCAGCAUUUUUGCCUCAUUUCAGCUGGGUUAAAUAAGGACAGGAAUAGAAAGAAUGCAACAUGUGGCAGUUUUACAGUGAAUGACGCUCGGGUGUAUGGAGAGACAGCCAGUCGGGGCUGGUGUGCUGCACAUCCCGCAGCAUGGAGAGCGAUGAGGAAAAUUUAGAGGAGCUGGUGGAAGGUCCAUUGGAUGACGAUGGUCAGCCCCAUGGUUUCUGCACUCUGACCUACUCAUCCAGUGAUCGUUUUGAGGGACACUUCACCCAUGGAGAGAAGAAUGGAAGGGGCAAGUUCUUCUUCUUUGAUGGAAGUACCCUGGAGGGUUUCUAUGUAGAUGAUGCUCUACAGGGCCACGGGGUGUACACGUAUGAAGAUGGCAGUGUUCUCAAUGGAACGUAUGUGGAUGGGGAGCUCAAUGGGCUUGCUCAGGAGUUUGAUGGAGAGGGCUGUCUGGUUUUCAAGGGCCAGUAUAAAGACAACAACCGCUGUGGGGAGUGCUGGGUCUCCUACCCUGAUGGGGGCUGUGUGUUUGGUAAGGUGAAUGAGGAGGGGGAGAUGACCGGUGAAUCUGUAGCGUACAUCUACCCAGACGGACACACAGCUCUCUUUGGAAACUUUGUGGAUGGCGACCUCGUUGAGGCUCGCCUUGCCAGUCUGAUCUCCUGCGAGACUGGAAAGUCAUGCUUUGAUGUCCCACCAAACAGUCCUGUGUACUCGUAUGACAGGUCCACAUCCACCUGCAUUGCCACUCAUACUUUGCUUCCUGACCCGUAUGAAAGCAAAAGGGUGUUUGUGGCAUCAUCAAUGAUUAAAGGAGCCGGACAGGGCUUGUUUGCCAAGACAGAUGCCAAAUCGGACACUGUGAUGGCUUUUUAUAACGGAGUACGCAUUACACACUCUGAGGUCGACAGCAGAGACUGGGCCCUGAAUGGAAACACCAUCUCACUGGAUGAGGACACUGUGAUUGAUGUCCCUCAGCCACUGGACCAGACGGAGAGAUACUGUGCCUCUCUGGGUCACAAGGCAAACCACUCCUUCACCCCUAACUGCAAAUAUGACCCGUUUGUCCAUCCCCGUUUUGGGCCAAUCAAGUGCAUCCGAACAUUGAGGGCUGUGCAGAAAGACGAGGAGUUAACUGUUGCUUAUGGCUAUGAUCAUGGGCAGACUGGGACGAAUGUUCCAGAGGCUCCUGAUUGGUACAAGCAGCAAUUGGAAGUGUUUCAGCAGAGAAAGGUUGCUGCUACUGGCCAAUGAGAAUGCAGACGAUUACCUCUGGAAAAUGUUGUGUGUGAUAAAACCUUACAAGACUCUUGGAGAUUUAUGGCACUUGGUAUCCUGUGCAGCUGCAAAACACUUUGGAUAUUUGAAGAGAUACUAUGCUUUUGUAAGUUGUAUUCAUGUGGCAUACUGCUUUAGCAAUUCAGUAUGAUCGGAGGCCUUGGAGGUCCAGGGCGACACACGAACUAUGCAAUAAACAAUUGUAAUAUUACAUUCAGUAGCUGGAUGUGCUGAUAUGCCCUUUUUUUACUGUCCUCUACAUCACAUAUUACACAUAUAGGGAUGAUUUACCUGCUGAUGAUUGAUUGUAAAUUCAGGGUGUGACAAAUUAAUGUUUUUCAGUUUUCCCUAUCUGCACAUAACUCUGUCAUAAAUACUGUUUUUAUGAUGUAUUUAUCAUAUCUAUUUAAACUGUUAAGCUUACACAAUUGAAUUUAUUCAUCUGGCCGCAUGCAGACAAAACUGCAAAAGUUUUAGACACUUUAGGUGUAAAUUGUUCUCCGCCAUCAGUCCCAUUAGGAGGUUUGGAUUUUGUCAGAUUCCAUGUACAGCAUCACAACAAGCCCAGUCACAGUCAUACAGAACCAUGUUAAGAGACAAAACAAGAUAAGGAGUCCUGCAGCAGAUGGUCCGGUCUGGUCCCACAGACGUUGGUGUAAAGAUAAAAGGUGGUCAGACCAAAUGUUGAUUUAAUUCAGCUUUCUCUUUUUACUGCACACACGUGAAGUUAAAUGAUAAACAGGCUUACACAAUGCUUAUUUUAUAUACAGUAUAUAUUAAGGUAACUAUAAUAUCUGAAAUUGGUUAUGUAUUGUAUUUUCUGGCAGUAGUACAUUAUAUACUGUAUGUUAGCCUAUUCCACUUUUCUAACCCAAUUGUCUGUGUUAAGACGCUUCAAAAUAAAGUC